AUGGUAAGUGGAACGGGCCAUGCAUCGAAUCAGGCCGACACUGUAGCAUUCUGGCAAUGCCUGUGGUCAGAGCCCGUAAACCAGAGCGAGGGCCCUUGGACGGAAGUUGUGGCGAGUCAGUAUGCGAGUAUAACGCCCAUAGACCCCGUCAUUAUAACACCGGAUGCCGUAGCUGAGGCGGUUCAUAGAGCCCCGAACUGGAAAAGUCCGGGACUCGACGGGCUGCAUCACUACUGGCUGAAGGGGUUAGUGGUGUGUCACACUGUGCUCGCCCGACAGUUUCAAGAGGCUAUCAACCAGAAGGGUCGCUCCCAAGCCUCUUCACUACUGGGAUCACCCAUUUGGUUCUAA